AUUCUAACGCGAAAGCAUAGUAAUUACUUCACAGAACUUAAAUUAUGAGACAUGGAAAAGGACUUAGAUCCAGAUAUAAUAAAGUCAACCCAGUUGUCAUUGGGCAAAUAUGUUAAACGACCACCGCUCAGUGACAAACUACUGAAGAAGCCACCUUUCAGAUUCUUACACGAUAUUGUGACGACGGUAUUAAAGACGACAGGAUUUUUUGGAAAUUUGUUUGAAGACAGUGAGUUAGUAUCGGAAAAUGUUAAGGAUAGAGAUAGUAAAAUAUUAUUUCUCAAUAAAGUGAUAUUUGUUUUGGGUAAAACAACAGGAAAAUCGAUCGCUGCAAAACCGUCGAAAAUAGUUGCUGGUCAAGAACCUGAAAAAACUAAUGAAUUACUUCAAUGUUUAGCCCAGGCACUCGAUGAAAAAUUAUCUUCAGAUGAAGCUGUAAAAAGUUAUAAGGAAAGCUUAAAGUCAACUCAAUUAUCCGAUGCAAAAAAUAAAGAGCCAAUCAAGUCAAUAAAGAAAACUAACGAACCAAAAAAGUUAACAUCUCGUAGCACCGAAAAAUUAACUAAUCAAAAGAAUGAUGGCGCGCGGCCUACGGCUAAACAAGAUAAAGAUAAAGCCAAUGAUGUCAAACCAAAAAGAAAAGAAAAUGGGUCGGUUAAGACUGAUUCUCAGAACUUGAAGAAAACACAGUCAUCAAAAACAGUGAACUCCAAAGCUGGUAAAGACAAUAAAGCACCGAAAGAGGAUAACACAAAUACGCGCCAUAAAAAUAUUUCUUCAUCGAGUUCUAUAGAUCAAGGUCAAAAUUUGUCAAUUAAAAAUGAAACACAGGAAUCUGAUAUACUUAUAGAAAAAGACGAUCAAUUAGAAAAAAACGUAAAUAAGAGCCAAGUUCUAAGUCCUAAAAGAGUAGAGCAGGAUGAUGAAGGGAAACUAAAUACAUCCUACACAAUUGCCGAAAAUGAUUUAAAUUCUUCAACAUCAUCAAAUGAUUUAAAUGACAUUGCAAAUAAUGAUAUCAAAGAUCAAAUGAACUCCCAAGAAAUAGAUAUCAAAAAUGAAUCAGAAUUCAUUGAACCUGAUCGCCAAAUGCAGACUAAUAACAAUUUAAACGAAAACGAUUUAAACGAUAACAUGAAGAUGAAAAGUGGUGAUUCGGAUAAUAUAAUAGCUCAAGAAAGGAAAAAGGACCAACUUAGUAAUAAUGAAUUCGAAAAUAAAUCUGUAAUCUCUGAACAAGAAUCUGCAUCUCUAGUAAAAGUUCCAAUGUCAACCACAAGUGAAUCAAAAAAUCCACGACCGCUAAGUGUAAGGCCUUCCUCUUCUAGACCCGGAGCUCCGCGAAUGAGAGAAAAGCUUGACAAUGUUAUAAAAGAUUCCGAUAAUCUACUAUUGGGUAAAGUAAACAUAAUUGUGGAAAACACCCAGAACGAAGAGGAAGAAGAAACGAACCUUUUAAUGAUGGCAAAUCAGGGAAACACGGUCACAAGCCCUGAAGAUAACCAAGACAUGCAAUUGUCAUACACAUCUAAUGAACAUGGACACCUUGUACAACAAAUUUUAGAUUCUCAAAAGCAACUGUCUCAAAUAACAGGAAAAACAGAAAUUGAAUGGCAAUUUGGAGCUCAAAAGGCAAGAGAGGCGGUAAACCAAGAAGUAGAACAACUUCGGUUUAAUAUCCAAGCUAUGUCUCGGGUCGCUAAUCCCCUUGGGAAAUUACUAGAUCACAUCCAAGAAGACGUAGAAGUUAUGCGUCAGGAACUUCAGCAGUGGUCUAAUAUUUAUGAAGAUGUAACAAAGGAGAUGCAAAAACAAAAGACAAUAAACGAAGACUCAUUGACGCCAUUUCACACUAAAUUAAAACAAACAGAACGGGACAUUGAAGAGAAACAUGAUAAAAUAAAUGAUCUCAAAAUAUUGAUCCAGAAAAAUGCUUUAAGAAUUGAGAAGUUAUUAAUGAGUGGGACUGUGCAAUACUAAAUAUUAUGUAGAUUUGAAAUAUAAUAAAAUUAAAUACAAUCUAAUGAAUUGUUCUAUUUGAUCACAUCAUUAUGUAGGUAGCUCCCGUUCC